AUGAACAGAAUGCCCGACGAGGUCGCAAAGACCGACCCAGACGUCGCUUUCCGCGCAACAGAUGGCCAUGUCCACCACACCUGGGCAAAAACUUUCCAAUCGCGACCCGAGCUCUACAUCAAACCGCAGAGCCUCGAAGAGGUCCAGAAGAUCGUCAAUCUUGCGCGAAGGUGUCGCAAGAGGAUUGUGGUAGUAGGGUGUGGUCACUCUCCCAGCGAUUUGACGUGCUCGUCAUCAUGGAUGGUCAACCUGGACGACUACGGCAGAGUCUUGAAAGUGGACAAGCAGGAGAAGACGUUGCUGGUGGAAGCAGGAAUCAGGCUGAGAGAUCUGAACGAGGAAGCAAACAGACACGGCUUGACGAUGAAGAACUUGGGCAGCAUCAACGAUCAAAGCAUCGCAGGUGCCAUUGCGACAGCAACACACGGCAGCUCAUUGGAGCAUGGCUUGAUGAGUGAAAGCGUGAAGAGUUUGAGGAUCGUGCUAGCGAAUGGACAAGCAGUGCGCUGCUCGAAAGAUCAGAACGCAGACUUGUUCAGAGCAGGUCUCAUUUCACUGGGUGCACUUGGUAUUAUCGUUGAGGUCGAGUUCGAGAUGAUUGAUGCCUGCAAGAUCGAAUGGGAACAACAGCUGGUAUCGUUGCAGCACGUCCUGAGCACGUGGGACACCACACUUUGGACGCAGAAAGAGUACACGCGAGUCUGGUGGAUGCCGUACAUGAAGCGCGCCAUCGUCUGGUCAGCAGAGAAGACUGAAAAGCCACUUCGCGAACCCGUGGAUUCCUGGUACGGCGGCAGCAUAGGCUUCCAUACUUAUCACAACCUUUUGUGGUUGUCCAACUUUGUGCCGUCGAUCCUUCCGUGGAUAGAGUGGUUCGUCUUCGGCAUGCAAUAUGGCUUCAGCACUGGCAGCAAGACGUCAGCGGUAGAGGAGCUCAAGACUGGUCUUCUCAUGAACUGCUUGUACAGUCAGUUCGUGAACGAGUGGGCACUUCCUCUGAGCAAGGGACCAGAAGCGAUCUCCCGGCUAUCAGCCUGGAUCAACCGCGAGCCUGAAAGUGUUCAUCACAUACCAUUCAGCAUCAAGGGGCUCUACGUCCACUGUCCGAUUGAAGUCCGGGUAUCUGACACAUCGAAGACUACGCCGCGACCUUUCCUUGAUAACACAGUCCAGGACGAGCCGACACUAUACCUCAAUGCUACUUUAUACCGAGCAUACCUCAAAGAUCCUCCCUGCUGGAGACGAUACUACGAGGCCUUCGAGUGGCUCAUGCAGGAAAUGGGCGCAAAGCCACACUACGCCAAGAACUUCUCUUACACAUCGUCAGAGUAUUUGCAGAACAAACUAGGCGAGAGUCUUACGCAAUACCUCCGCGUUCGCAAUGAAGCAGAUCCGGAAGGCAUGUUCCUCGGCGAAUGGCACCGUCGCACACUUGGCGCAGCAUUAGGCGAGAAGAGACUUGCACUAGAAGAGCAAGAAGUCCACCGACAAAAAGCUCGAGAUGGCGGCCAGCUGUGGAUUGGAGAAGUGAACGCUGGUAUCCUUGCUCCAGAUUCGUUCCUUGAGCAACCUAUUGCGAUGACGGAGAAGAGCGGCAGCCCAGGCGCCAGCUCCAGCGCUUCGAGCUUCGACUUCAUGCAAGCUUCAGAAAUGGAGCGAAGUACAAUGUUCACGGGCAGCGAGUACGACGAUGAAGGUGACCUUACAGACCGAGAUGACGCGAGAUACCACGGGAACCCGAAGCAGUCUGUCUUUGGCACCAAGGUGUUUGAUAAGAUGUAG